UGAAAUGGAGCCACUCCCAUUAUAAUACUCUUGAAGUAAGCGUUUAUGGUGAUUUUCCCACCUACUCUGCAAGUUGGCCGCUCGUUGGUCGUUUCGCAGAACCGAAAGCCAGAGGAAUUUAAUUACUGCAUUAGUCUUUUUCCCCGUCUUCUUAAUUAGUCUGAAAAAUUUUUAUUGCCUUAAAGUUUAAGCUUGUGAGUCUCCAAUGGCGUCCACGAGCACUCAAACAGCCUCCUCCUCAUCUUCGCCGUCAGAGCAUGGGUGGGAAAACGAGGUUUUCCUCAGUUUCUACGGCAAAGACACCCGCAUGGGUUUUACGGACCAUCUGUACGCCGAUUUGACACGGAAAGGCAUUAUCGCCUUUAGAGAUGAUGAAAAACUUCAACGAGGAGAAAAUAUUUCUGAAGAACUCUUGAAAGCAGUACAAGAAUCUUUGUACGCGAUUGUCGUCAUGUCAAGAAACUUCGCCUUUUCCAAAUGGUGCUUGAUGGAACUUGCCGAGAUCGUCAAAUGCAUGGGAGAAAAGAGGCUGACAGUUUAUCCCAUAUUCUACCAUGUGGAUCCCUCCGACGUACGAAAUCAAACGGGAACUUUUGAAAAAGCUUUUUCUAUGCAUGAAGAAAGCCUAAAGGUUGACAAGGAAAAGAUGCAAGCACGGAGAGAUGCUUUGACAGCGGUGGGGAAUAUCUCCGGAUGGCACUUGCAUGAUAGAUUGUGUGUUGCAAAAUCAAACCAAAAGCAGUGUGCUUCCUCUUUAUGGUAUCCACAGAGCCAGAUCAUCACUAUCAACCCAGCCACCACCAUAUUUGAAAAGCUUACCUCUGCAACUUUUCCACAAUGGCGAGCUCAAUUUGAAGCCCUGCUCAUAGGUUACGACCUCAUUGAUUUUGUCACCGGACAUCGUCCAUGUCCAGCCAUUGAUGCAACCAACUCUGCUGCCUCUAAAGCUGCGUACUCCCACUGGGUGCGUCAAGAUAAACUCCUCCUUCAUGCCAUUCUUGCUUCCACCUCCCCAACAAUAACCCCCAUUCUUGCCUCCUGUAAAACAUCCCAGCAGGCCUGGUCUCUUCUCACUCGACUUUAUGCUGGCAAAUCUCGCACACGCGCUCUUCAACUCAAGGAAAAUUUAACCUUGAGCACCCGUGGCAGUAAUACUGUCACUGAAUUUCUUCAGGCCAUCAAGAUGAUUGCCGAUGAACUUGCAAUCAUAGAUCAUCAUGUUUCGGAUGAUGAUCUAACACUUUACAUUUUAAACGGCCUUGGACCCGAAUUCCGUGAGAUUGCAGCACCCAUUCGUGCUCGGGAAACCUCAAUGACAUUUGAGGAAAUUCAUGACUUACUGGCUCUUCCGGAAAUAAUCGGUCUUCUUCUUCGCAGAAGCACUUCUCACCUGGAAACCAGGGACGUAAUCAAACCAAAAGCAGUGUGCUUCCUCUUUAGUGAUUACAAGAAACUUGUUGGAAUAGACUCUAGCGUCAAGGAAAUGAUGAACUUACUUGGUAUAGGGUUGGAUGAUGUUCGCUUUUUAGGAAUUCAUGGGAUGAGUGGAAUCGGCAAGACUACUCUGGCAAGAGUCAUUUAUGAAAGAGUUUCCUGUCAAUUUAAAGCUAGGAGCUUUAUUACUUGUGGUAGAGAAGAAACUAAAAAUGGUGGUCUAGUUGACUUACAAAAACAACUUCUCUCUAUGAUCACGGGAGAAGAAAUAAAUGUAUGGGAUGAUGGUGAUGGAAUCAAUGUGAUAAGGAAAAGACUACAUAAAAGAAAGGUUUUUGUUAUCCUUGAUGAUGUGGAUAGUGAAAAACAACUAGAAGGAUUAGCGGGGAGUCACGAUUGGUUUGGUAUAGGAAGUAGAAUCAUUAUAACAAGAAAAGAUGGUCAUUUAUUGAAAAGACAUGUGAGUGGUAUCUAUAAGGUUAAGGAGUUGAAUGAAGAUGAAGCUUGGCAACUCUUUAGUUUGUCAGCUUUCAAGAAACCCCAUCCUACAGAAAACUAUGUGGAUAUGUCCAAUUACUUUGUGAAUUAUGCUCAAGGCCUUCCUUUAGCUCUUAAAGUUUUGGGUUCCUUCUUGUUUGGUAGAACACAAAGUGCAUGGAGAAGUGCCUGGGAUCAAUUACAAGAAAAUCCUAAUGAGGAAAUUUUGGAUGUACUUCAGAUAGGUUUUGAUGGACUGGAGUAUUUGCAGAAAAAGUUAUUCUUGGAUAUCGCAUGUUUCUUUGAAGGAGAGAAGCUUGAUACUAAAUUAAUGGAUGUAUUAGAAAGUUUCGGUUACUAUCCAGGCAUCAACCUUGAUGUUCUCAUGGACAAGUCCCUCAUAACCAUCUCAUAUGGGAAGUUGUCGAUGCAUGAUUUGCUACGAAAAAUGGGUCGGGAAAUAGUUCGUCGUGAGUGUCCCGAAGAUCGUGGUCGACGUACUAGAUUGUGGUGUUAUGAGGACAUCCUCCGUGUAUUAAAGAGUAAAAACGUAAGUGACUAGUGUAGAUAUGAACGUAAAGAAGUAUGUUUUUGCUAUACACAUUCUUCAAGUAUUUGUCUAAUAUUUCCACCACAACAACUAAUUUAUUGUUCUUGUAGGGAA